AUGACUACCAGUAAGCCAAGUCCUGAUACUGGUUUGCUCGCAGAGGCUAGGAGAAUUGCCCAACAAUUCGACCUGAAGCCUGAUGAUGUCGCCCGGGCAGCAGACCACUCGACAGAGCACUCGCUCGAGCACAAUGGCGCAACGCAACUGCCAUCUUUUGUGACCAAGGUGCCAAAUGGCUCCGAAAGGGGCAUGUUCCUGACCGUCGACCUUGGCGGCACGCAUUGCCGAGUCUGCUUGGUAGACUUACACGGGGACUCGACGUACACGCUGAUCCAAACCAAGCAUGUAAUCCCCCGAGCCUUGAAGGUCAACCCCAGCUAUAAACCCUUGUUCGGUUUUGUCGCAGACAAGAUCGCCGACUUUCUCAGUCAGCAUCCAGAAGCGGACGCGGAGAGCGUCAAGGGAGAGGCAGUAAAAAGAGACGACUACCGCCGGCUGGGCUUCAUCUUCAGCUUCACGUACGAGAGCCACUCACUCUCCAGCGGGACGACGCUGCAGUGGGAUAAGGGAUGGGACAUCGCGGAUGCCUUGGGCAGAGACCCGUGCGAGAUGCUGCAGACCGCCAUCGACGACCUUGAAUUACCCGUGCUCGUCUGCGCCAUGACCAGCGACAGUGUCGGCACGUUUAUGGCAAGAGCUUACACAUCGCCGCGGAGCUCGGCGACACUCGUUGGCGCCGUAUUUGGCACGGGCACCAACGCUGCGUACGUCGAAUGCCUGGAGAAUGUUCGAGUGCUCCACGCCCAGAAUGAGUUCCGUAACCGCCGUUCAGGAAAUGUCAUGAUCAUGAACACGGAGUGGGGGGCAUGGCUGGACGAUGACAACACGGUUGUGCCAACGACGACCUACGACGUCCAGUUGGAUACGGCAUCUACAAACCCCAAUAGGCAGAUUUUGGAGAAGCUAACCUCGGGCAUGUACCUCGGUGAGCUGGCACGACUGGCAAUGCUCCAGUUGUACCAGGCGAAACAGUUCGACAUGGUUGUUCAAGACGGGUCUCCUCUAUGCACAGUGGAAGCGGUGGAUAGUUCCCUCCUUUCUCUCAUCGCUGCAGAUGGUGACGAGUCGCUCACGCAGUCGAGGCGCCACAUCUCAGAAGCUCUGGAGGCGCAGGGCGUGUCCGUCAGUGACGCAACCGCCGUGCGCUUGAAUGCCGCAGCUAUCGUCCGACGUGCCGCGCGCUUGGCUGGCGCCGCCACGGCCGCCAUUAUUCUUCAAUCUGGCCGUCUCGAAUAUGUCGACCACACCGACAAGGGCAUGGAUAGCGUCUACCGAGAGCGAGAGGGUACUGAAUCGAAGUCUUCCUGGUCUUGGACUCGUAACUCUGUCUGGUCCCUGGUCCGACGAGCUGUCAACUACAUCUUCCGUUGCUUUACAGGGCGAGAUCCCUAUGCGGCGUCCGUGUCGGAGCAUGGACAUCAGCAGGUAGUUGGAUGGGCUAACAUCGACAUCGGCAUCGAAGGUUCUCUUGUCGAGCACCAUCCAGCCUUUGAGAAAGAAAUGCGAUGGGCGUUGCAGCGAGUGCCGAAAAUUGGGCCAGACGGGGAGAGGCGGAUUACAAUAGGACUCGCUAAAGAUGGUUCAAGCCUGGGCGCGGCGCUCGUAGCUUACCCCAGUAUGGAUUGCACACCUUUCCAUGUAUGGAAAACCACCCUGAUCACACGCUUUGGCCUUUUCGAGUCAUUAGUCAUGCCCUUCGGUCUCUCUCGAUAA